ACCCCACACGUCGAAGUCCAAAACCCCAACAUGUCAAAUUCCAGCCUCCUCCGCCGCCUCCUCCUCCUCUCUCCACCUCGCACCGCCGACCAUUGCGUCGCCAAACUUUCUCCUUCAACCUUCCACUAUCAUCUUUCUCACUACUCCGCCUCCUCCGAGAAGAACGGCACGAAAUGGUUCACUUUGCCACCGCACACAGCCACCGUGGACGGCGCCGUUUUGGGGAAGGCGAUCGCCGGAGCAAAAGACGACGACGUAAAGGUCCUCCAAGCUUCGAAAUCCGCCGCCACCACGGCGCUGAAAUGGGUCGUCAGGUGCUGCCCGGAGCUCCCGAGAAGCCUCGUUCAGAAGCUCUUCCGCCUCAGACAGGUUCGAAGAGAAUCUUUUAACGUGGAAGAUUGUAAUGCCGGUGAUCAAUUAGGCAAACCUCGAUUAAGAAGGGUGUCGGCCAAAGAUUCCCUGAACUUGGGAGACAAGAUAUUUCUUCCCAUUUCUGUAAAAGAGCUUCCUGUGGAGAAAAAAGAGUGCUUUUGUAAUGAAGAAGAAGUGAAGUUUAUCCGUAGCCUUGAGUUGUAUAAGGAUCCGGCCAUUGUUGUUGUCAAUAAACCUCCGGGGCUUCCUGUUCAGGGAGGUAUUGGAAUCAAAACGAGUUUAGACCAAUUGGCUGUCACUUGCUUAAGUUAUGAUUAUACGGAACCCCCUCGUCUGGUACAUCGACUUGACCGAGAUUGUAGUGGAAUCUUGGUCAUGGGACGGACACAAACAAGCGCCACAGUUUUGCACUCCAUCUUCCGAGAAAAAACAUUUGGAGCAUCCAAUGAUGAAACUGUCAAGGGAAAAAUAGUUCUACAACGAAGGUAUUGGGCUUUUGUCAUUGGAUCUCCAAGACAUCCAAAUGGUUUAAUUUCAGCACCUUUGAGAAAGGUGGUGUUGGACAAUGGGAAAUCUGAUCGAAUUACAGUUGUGAAUGGUUCACAUACUUUGUCAUCUCAGCAUGCGAUUACAAAGUAUAAAGUGAUUGGAUCAUCAUCCCAUGGUUAUACAUGGUUAGAGCUUUCUCCUCUAACUGGUAGAAAGCACCAGCUCCGUGUCCACUGUGCUGAGGUUUUGGGAACCCCGAUGGUUGGAGAUUAUAAAUACGGGUGGCAGGCGCAUAGGGACUGGAAACCUUUACAUUGGCCUGAUCCUGAUAACAAAUGUAUUGAGGUGCUGCCAAAGAGGAAAAACCUCCCCUUUGGUCUGAAUAUGGAUAAUGGAAGUAUCUCCGAGAAACAUCCACGACUACAUCUUCAUUGUAAACAAAUGGUUUUGCCCAAUAUAUCUCAUGUUUUGCAAAAUGUUCAACGGUAUUCAGACUAUGAGCUUUCACGGCUAGAAAGGCUCAAGUUGGAUGCUCCUCUGCCUUCAUACAUGCAGAGAAGUUGGCAUCUUACAAACUCAUAGAGACACCUAUAUCUUCCAAGUUUCCUCUUCAUUCUCCUAUAUCAACAUCUUUUGAGGUGAUUUUUAAAAUUCAUGUUAUUUCUAGCAGUUUCGACUCAGAAUUAUUCACCAAGACAUUCCAUUCUUUGUUAAGUUUAAAGGCAUAUUAUUACUUUGGGAUGAGGCAAUCUUUUGCCGUGCCCACCUUUUCUUGGUAAAUUCUAUUUCUGAAAUACAAGUGCUGUACCGUUAAAGUCUAAGAGAAGAGACGGAACAAAAGACUUGCUUCAGUUACUUUCUGGCUUAGCAGCCACCAUAAAUUCGUGUUAAACAAAGAGGCAUUUGGUUAGAUUUUCGAACAACCUAGAAGUAGUAAUGGUCUUGCAGGACAAAGUCUGUGGCUUCAAGUACAAAUUCCAAAUGCCCGUUCAUAUUGUUUAAAGUGCACAAUAGGAGUUUUAGCAUGCCUCCGUAUUGUUUAUGUUGCCAUUUUCCACUCUAACGGGAGUUUUGGUUAAUCAAGCUUUUACCCGUUUGGGAUUUAUGCAUCAGACGCUGACAUCUGCACUAAAGUGGGUGGAAGUAUGGUCCUCUUCAUUUAUUUUACCGAUUUAAAUUUAAAAUUUUAA